AUGUUCAAUGCAGUGACAAAACUAAGCGUGGCGCGAGGCUUUGGUGCUAGGCUGAUUCAUACAAGCUUAAAAGCACAAGCAACUGUCGCAGGUAGAACGUUGUCCAAAUCACAAAAAAAGCUCUUAUCGAUUGAAAAGAAGAAACAUAAUAAAGCAUCACAAGCGGCAAAAGAGGCACAAAUGGAGAAGGUUGAUCCAGUUUUAGGAAGACCAAACAACCCAUUUAUCCAUCGUUUACGGAUGGAAGUGGAGGAGCCUAGCGUUUUAUCAAAUGGAUAUGACUUCUAUGAAGUAGAGAAGCUCUUAUACGGAGCAAAGGACGCCAGACUGCUUAAAACGGAGACGAAAUUUGGUAAAGAUAAUGAGAUGAUGAAGAAGGUUGAAUCCGAAGAGGUGGAAAAAAGAGAAAUCGUGAUGAGAAUCUUAAGCAUGAAAAAUGCGCCGAACUCGGAAAAGGAGAAGAAAAUGACAGAGAUGGCAGUUAAAGAGUUUCAGCGGUUUGACGGAGAUACGGGAUCUUCCGAGGUUCAAGCUGCUGUGAUGACAAUUCAAAUAUACAACAUGAUGAAUCAUGUCAAGCAGCACCCUCAGGAUGUCUUUAUAGUGAGGCGAGUGCGGAUGCUUACACAGAAAAGGCAGAAGAUACUCCGUUAUUUAAAGAGAGAUGAUCCAAAGAGAUACUUUUGGUGUAUCGAAAAACUUGGCUUGACAGAUCACAACGUGUUUAUGGAGUUCAACUUCGACAAGAAGUACUCCGAGGAGUUUGAUGUCUGGCCAGGAAGAAGACUUGUCAAGAUUACUAAGCAGGCUAACGAGGAGAGAAGAAAGCAACGGAGAGCAGCAAAGAUUGCCCUAAGGAGAGCAGUUAGUGAAGGAAAACUGAAAGACAAUAAAAUUGUCGAAGAUGAAGGAGGGAGUACAGAUGUUGAACAGCAGACUCCAGACUCUAAGCAGUGA